GCAAUCCUGGUUUAGAAUACGAAAACACGAGGCACAAUUUAGGUUUUCGGGUUAUUGAUGAGUUGGCUCAAAAAUUAAAAGUUGAAUUGAAGAAAAAAAAAUUUAAUGGUUACUAUUAUCAAGGGAAAAAUUUCCUGCUCGUGAAGCCACAGACUUAUAUAAAUAAUUCGGGUAAGUGCGUUGCGGGCUUUACUAAUUUAUUUUCUCUCCCCGCCGCUAAUUUGUUAGUAAUUUACGAUGAUAUUAACUUACCGCUUGGUAGUUUUCGCUAUCGUAGUCAAGGUUCGGGCGGAGGACACAACGGAGUAAACAGACAUUUGGCCGAGAAAGAAAGACGAGAAAUAGCAACCAUUUUACCCCGGUCUUACCAAAUUCAGUCCCCUUUGCCAGUUGACUUAGACGAGGCCAAAAAUAUCCUCGCCCAGCAAGCGGGUUUGAAAAGAACAAAGGAAAUAAUUGUAAAAAAAUUAGAAAUUGAAGAAUUAAAGAAAGGAGAAGGAGUCAAAGAAGAGCCGUUAAUUUUAUGUUUGGUCGGUCCAUCAGGCACGGGUAAAACUACUUUGGUCCAACUUUUGGCCCAAGCCGCUCAGAAAAAAAUUUAUCCACUUGUCCUAGGAGGUUUAAGUGAAGUUUCUUGGUUGACCGGAACUAGCGAAGGCUCGGGUGGAACAGAAAUCGGACAAUUAGCCAAAGCCUUAGUAGAAACUGGGGUUAGUAAUCCAAUAAUUUUACUCGAAGAAAUUGAUAAAGCCG